GAUCCGCCAUCUUUGCAAUACGCUAAUCUGUUAAAAGUUGUUUCCAAAGAUAAAUAAUGCGUGUCAGACGGCACAAAUUGCAAUUAAAAUGGAUGAUUUGAAUAACAUGACACUUGAGAAUUUUAGAUUAUGGUCUUUGAAGGCUUUAAAAGUGUAUUUGUCGCACAGAAACCUGUCGGUGAAUGGAACGUUCGACGAACUGUCAGCGAGAGCAUUUUGCGCAUGGGAACAGAAUCUGCCGGUGAACGAACAAGCUGAACAGGCUGAGCAACGUCUUCUUCAAGAGUACAAGCACAAGCUUUUGGUGGAAGAUGAUGUUUUACCAGACCCAUUCUCACUUCACACAGGUUGGCAAGGAGAGAAGACAGCUAUCCACAAGUGGCCAUCCGUGUAUCUGGUAGACAUUGCUAAGUACCUGAACAAUGAAACUCACAAAGAAAUUUUUGAUCGGCUUCUUAAUGAGUAUAAGGAAGGAAAAGCCUAUCGUUACUUCCAUAACAAAUGGGUGCAGGAAGUGUUUUACCAUGAGAUACGGCCAAACAGUGACAAGUGUAUACUAAAAGCAAAGUGUGUGCCAUCCAUGUCAGUAAACAGUAAGAAAUAUGAUGUCUGGGUUGUUGUUAGAAAGGACAAAGAUGAUGGAGAGUCAGGAGGAGAAAUAGUGUCUGCCUACUGAACCUGCACAGCGGGAAUGCAUGGUACUUGCAAUCACAUUGCCGGUGUAUUGUUCCGGGUGGAAAAUGCUGUGAAAACCGGAGAGACCAAGACAUCUUCAACUAGUAUGAAGUCUAGAUGGAAUGUGCCAUCCAGUAAACCUCAAACUAAGGAUGCAGUUGCUGUAAUGGAUGUGACAUGGAAAAAGGGCCAUUACAGAAAAAAUCCUGCAGAGGUUGAAGACGAGAGGCGAAAACAUUCCCUAAAACUGAACUUCACUCCGCUCAACAAGAGACAAACUGAAGAAGUCAAAAACAUUACAAAAUUAAAGAAUGACUUAUACAAUUUAGUAAAAGAAGAUGUCCCAAACUCCUGUUUCAUAUUAACAAUUGAAAAGCGGCACAUAACAGCUAAGGUAGACCCACAAAUGCCCCACUCUUUGGGUGAGAUUGCCAACAGGCUUGACCCAGAGGCAUCAGAUCCAAGGGGAGAAUUCCUGCAAAGAAUAGCAAUAAGCAAAGAACAAUGUGGUGUUUUGUCAGAGGCUACCGUCGAACAGUCGAACUCAAAGGCAUGGAAUGAGCACCGCAAAGGACGGGUAACAGCUAGUUUGUUUCACCGAAUCAGCAGCAGAGUUGACACAUUACAUAAACAUAGCUCGGCUGACCCGACUAAGUUAGUCGAUGCUAUACUUCGUCAAAAAGAAAGUCAUCCAACUACUGCCAUGAAACACGGUCUGUCCUUAGAACCCCAUGCCAAGAAAGCGUACACGCAAGUGAUGAGAAAAAAUCACAAGAAAUUCAAAUCGAAGAAUACGGGACUGCUUGUUUCCUCUGCCAACCCAGCAAGUGCAGAUUUGGAGAUUGAGUGCCAGUGUUGCGGAAAAGGUCUUUGUGAGAUUAAGUGUCCAGAGUCCAUUAAAGACACUGCUCCAAGCUCUUCAAAUCAAGCAUACUUAAUUGAAGAAAGUGGGAAAGUUCAGGUCAGUAAGAACCAUGCGUACUUCUACCAAAUUCAGGGACAAAUGGCAAUACAUGGUAGACAGUAUUGUGACUUGUUUGUGUACACAUAUCAUGGAAGUGUCACUGUACGUGUUAUGUUUGAAAAAGAAUUCUGGGAUGUUUUGGAGGAGAAGUUGUCCUGGUUUUGGUUAUCACAUGUCUUGCCAGCCUUGUUGAAUUGGAAUUGCAACGACAACAAGACAACAGACAAUACUAAGGAAAACCCUAAAACCCCAACGAAGAUUCAGACACUUAGUCGCUCUCACGCCGUCUGCAGGGCACUUGAACCAUUAUCCCCAAAAGACAACAGUAAGAACAUCCAGCAGCCUAAGAAGCGCCGUAGACUGAACAAAGUUCCCAUAUAUCUUUGUGGUAUGUGCGGUCUUGACUGUGUAGAUGAGCCUCAGUCUGAAGCAGACCAGUCAGUCAGUUGUGAUGUUUGUGGAGUUUGGGUGCACUAUAUUUGUGCACAGGUUACUGACACCCAUCUUGAAACUGUUGAUUUGUGGUCAUGUGGAAAAUGCUCAAAAUAAUGAUGGCCAGUACUAGUUAUUGAUGACAAGUGAAAUGUAACGCGUUCUGGAGUGGUAUUCCAUAAACAUCUAAGUCAUAUCUUAAAAAACGUCAGGUCAAAAUUACAAUGUUGUGUAUUUCUUUACUAAAUAAGGAAACACAUGUUUUUUUAAUAUAAAAAUGAUGUUAUUUUCAUGUAAAUCUUGAUGCCAAACUAUUGCAAUAUGAAAUGAAAGACUUAAGAAAUUUUCCCAAUUUAAGGAUAAGAAUAAAAUUUAACUUGAGAUGCUUCUGGAAUACAACCCCAGAGCUAGAUUGAAGAUGAUAAGUGUAUGAAAGAGAAAUGUUUUAAUACCUGUUCAGUUAUAGAUAUUGAUAAUAAUUGUGUAGUUAAAGAUGCUGUAAAUAGAUUGUCCAGUUAUAUACUAAUAACACAUUUCAAUUCAAAGAUGGUGAUCAUAUAAUAUUUAUGUCUUGUCAAAGAUAUUGAUAAUUUUUGUAGAAAGCUUAAAGAUACUGAUCAUACAUGUAGAUUGUCUAGUCCAAGAUGCUGAUAGCAGUUUUUUAGUCAAAGAUGAUGAAUUGAUUACAUUAAGUCAAAGAUGCAGAUAAUAGAAUAUUGAUGUCUAGUCAAAGAUUCUAAAAAUAUAUUUAGAUUUGUCUAAUUAAAGAUUAUGAUCUUAUAUUGUCUUGUCGAAGAUGCUGAUAGUUGUUUUUGAGUUAAAGAUGUUGAUAACAGAUUGUCUAGUCAAAGAUGCUGAUAAUAUGAGCCGCGUUCUGAGAAAACUGGGCAUACUGCAUGUGCGUUAAAAGUUGUCCCAGAUUAGCCUGUGCAGUACGCACAGGCUAUUCUAAUCAGGAACGACACUUUCUGCUUUUAUGGUUUUUUUAGUUUCAAGGGAGUCCAUCUUUACCGAAAAUCAAGUUUAGGAGGAAAUUGUCGUCCCUGAUUAUCCUGUGCGAACUGCACAGGCUAAUCUGGGACGACACUUUACGCACAUGCAGUAUGCCCAGUUUUCUCAGAACACGACUCAUACAUGUAUAUUGUAGAAUGUUUAAUCGUUUGAGCUGUGACUUGUUUUUAUUGAUAUUUAUAGUAACUACAGUGCUUGUAAGUACAUUUACUGAAUAGCACAGUAAUUCAAACUGUCAUAACUUGUUCGAUUUUUAUCAGUAUUUGUGCUUGAUGUUUAUUGUUUUUUUAAAAAUAUAGUUAUUUCAAGUGUCA